AUGUUCCUAGUAGUGAAAUACAGAGCUAUUGAUUACAACUCUGAGGUAUCUGUGAGCCGCAGGGUGAUGAGUUCACUAACGCUCCCGGUUCCGGUCCAGCUGGACGAUAACAUGGACACACCCUCGGGGAGGCUGCAGGAUUCGUACCGCAGACCGUGGUGUGGGAGUGUUGGCACCCUGUAUAAGCUGGAGCACACAGGCUCUGUGGUAGAUUAUCUGAAGGCAGAGCUGCAUCCUGUGGACCGUAUGGAAAGUGUGUGUGUUUGUGUGUGUAGGUUUAUCGUGUGCGCGGGUGAUUUGGAGAAGGACGUGGUUCUGAGCUCUAACCUCGCGUCUCCGAGGUGUCUGAACUCACAGGAAGCUCUCUGUCUGCUGAACAGAGGAGAGGGAGCCGCCGGCCAGGAGGAAUGGACAGAGAGCUUCACCGAGGUCGAUGUACACUCCAUCUGCUUCAGUGAGCAAGACCUCUUCCUUCCUGAGGAGGUGUUAUUCAGUGAUAACUGGCUGAAGAGUCAUCUCCCUUCUCUCCCUACCUUACUGAAGAGGUUAAAACCUUAUCCUGUGCCAGAUCUACUGGAUCUCCAUCAGACCGGAUCACCUCUCAUCGAGGAUUUCUCGCCAUACUCCUGUGUGUGGUAUGAUGCGGCUGCGAGCUGCUCCACUCCUCCCUGGGGUAUUGAUGAGUUCAGAAAUGAGACGAUUCUGGAUGCAGAAGAUCUCAAGCUGCCAGAUUUUAUCGAAACCGAUUUUCCUCAGAAGCAAGAACUCCUCCCUUGUCAUCUCGUUAAACUGCAGGAAGCUCUGAAGCUGAGUCCAGAACCAGAUGAAGAACCCAUAUCUGUAUUAGACACCCUCAGGAGAGCAGGCAUGGAGACAUCACCAGAGUGGGAGAGGUUCAGUGCUCCUCUGACUGACAUCACUGACUCCGCCGCUGAAAGAGUGAUGUCUCCAUUUCCUUUCAGUUCCUAUGUGGAACUGGAGAUGGACCUGAUACUGUCGCCUCUUGCUCCUCCUCCUCCUCCUGCUUCUCCUGACUGGAAGGAUGGGGCUGAACUGUUUCAGUACACCGUUCAGCUCUCAGCUGAGACACUGUCACCUGUCCACAGAGUGCUUUUGCUGUCGGACAGUGAGCGUGAGGUCCUGGAGAAAGGCGUGUGGGUGGCAGAGAAACAUCCUCCAUGUGUAGAUCGGCUUCUGCUCUCGGAGCCGAGGAGACCUGCACCUCCAGUGACACAUCACACUCUCCCUGACCUGCUCUCCUCACUGCAGGCUGAGCCGGAACCUGAUGACCUGGUCAGAUCCCACUUCAUUUCACUCCUACAACUGAUGACCCCUGACCCCAUUCUCAAACAGGCACUCACUAUAGAGACACACACAGCCGUGAACACACUGUGGCCAGAGGUGACCACGACGGACCAGUUCACACCGCUCUCUCUCUCUCAGAUAGACGACUUGCUGUGUGACUCUGAGACUGUGGUGCACGCAGCUUCACCCGUUGUGGAGCGUAAAGCUACACAGACCACUGUUCCUGCUGGGGUAAGAGAGAGCAAAACCGCCACAUUUCUGCUAGAGGACCACGAUUCUCUCGAACCAAACAGAAACAAAGACAGCGCUCGGUCCAAGUCCAGUCCAGCUUCUUGCCAUCCAUCGACCGGGAAUACUCAAACUAGUGAUAUGUCUGAAAACACGGCCAAACGCUUGAGCCUGCUGAAGUCUGGAUUAAAACCAGCUCCUUAUCAUUAUUCAGUAAAAAACACUCAUGCUGAUAAAAGUGACCCCAGUGUCUCUAAGACACAGGAGAACUCACAGAAAUCAGGUUCUCUCAUGCAUUCAGUGAGAGGACCAUACACAAACACAAGCCGGCUGAAGUCAUUACACACAGCCGCACACAAGCUCCUGACAACAGACAACCAAAUCGAGAUGACUAGAACCGUCAAUAAUCCAAAUGGUACAAGUUACACACACACUUUCUCUGAGAAUGCAACACUUCAGAAGCGAAGCUUUCGACUGCAGUACACAUACACGGCGUCUCAAACUUAUUCAGCAGAAAACACCAAGACAAACCUGAACACUUCUACACACACAGUUAGUGUGAGGAAUCCUAAUAAACUGUCCUCUGAGAUCACCACUGUAGUCAGAGAUCUGAGUCUGUGCUGUACACCAAGGAUAUACUCAACAACUGCUCAGAUAGAACAGCAGUUAGAGAUCCACAACAACACCAAUCAUCAUCAUCAUCAUCAUGAACCCCAGAACAGAGCAGGUUCCUUACCAACCCCGGAGCAGGAACAGAAAUCAUUAAACAAAGCCAUUGCUUCAAAGCAACUGCUUUUGUCUAACCCGAGUCACACACAUCGCCUGUUUUCUGAGAAUGCUACUGAGAACGAAGACUCCAGUGUCCAGCAGACGAAGAUGACUUACAGUUAUUCAGCCACUCGCACUCCCAGUAAUCCUACCAGUCAUCCCAGUAAUACUCCUGAGAUUCCAGCCAGAAGCUAUGUUCUACUGAAUUCUUCAUCAACCCCACUCCCUCACAGAGGGACACACACUCCAAAUGAUUCAAGCAAGCCGCUCACUAUGCGCCAGAAUUCAGGAGUGACCCCAACACUGUCCAGACCUGCUUGCCAAAGAGAGGAAAGAACCCCACAUCCAGCACCAAGGAGCAGCAGUGGAAGGAAAAACAGGAGGUCAUCUGUCUGCAGACCUCAGGAGUACCUGGACCCUGUGACGUCCUUUAUGAUGUUGAGAGGUGUCCUGAGGUCUACAGUGGAACAAAAACCUGAAGUAACACCACUGUCCAGCACAGUGACAGAGCUUUCUCAGAAGUCGACACUGAAGCCCACAGAUUGUUCAGGUCGAAGGGCGCUGCAGCAGGCCACAGAGAUGAAGACAGGCGAUGUGGUCAGCCCUGCUGUUCCGGAAAGAUCCUUCUGUAAAACUGUACAUGUGCCACCCACAGACACAGAGAGAGGUGCAUACAGGGAGCUGCAUGCACUGGCCUGUCCUGUCCUUUACAGGGUGACUGAGUCAGGUGCUCUGAGACAUACAGACUUCAGUAACCUGACUCCUGAACACACACGAUUCUGUCUCAAACAGCAGGAGAAGAUGCUCAGUGCAGGACAUGGCAGGGAAUGUGUGUAUAACGAUGUAGGCUUGCUUCAUAUCUUGGUCACAUUAAAGGAGCUGCUGCUCAGGUGUGACCUCAACACUGCAACAGGUCAUCUGGAGAAGGCAUACUCCACCUGUACUAUGGGUGGUCUGGGAGAGCUGCUGAGGAAGUUUCAGGUGCUGCAGUAUCUAAGCAGGAAGUGGAUGGAGCCUCAGCUCAGAGUGAAGUACCUGCAGGAGCAGAUCCACAUCUGGCUGCAAAGAACAUCUGUUCAGAAAAUUCUGAUUGUGGUGGCAGUGGACAAUGUGAGGGCGGAGUUAGUGAUGGCUCUGGGUCAGAUUCCAGGAAACUCUGUAGCUGCCCUGGACAGCAGAGUGGACAGCAGGUCUCUUACAGACAGUAGGUGUAGUGUAGUGUGUGUGCAGCAUCUGCAGUGUGGGUUUCCAUGGGGGAGAUUCGGUGCUGUGUUUGAGUUUCAGUCAUUAGGUGACUGGACUGUGAGGAGAAUCUGCAUGAAGAACAAGAUCCACUACACCUGCUUCACUACAGCUGCUGCAGCGUGUACAGAGCCAGUGUACAGCUCUCCUCUGGACCGUGUUCCUUUUGUGCUGUUUAUCACAGAAGGUUUACUGAAGCACUGUGACCUGCUGCAGCUGAUGGAGUCAACGUAUAACAUGACCCUCCUGGAGAGGAUCCACUGUCCAUCUCUACAGCAGCUGGGACCCACAGAUCUGUACGACAUCAUCACUGUUGAUGAGAACACAGCCAUUCUCCUGCAGGAACUGGUGGAGCUGGAGCAGGAGCGAGCAGCUGAGCGUGUUGUUCUGAGACUCUCGGCUCUUUCGCUGCAGUUCAGCCGCUGCUGGGUCAUUCUGCACUGCUCCGGUCACUACAGCUCUCUUGUGUGUGGUGAAGUGUUCAGUAACCUGUUGUUAAUUUACUCGGCCGCAGUUCUGUUUGGGCAGAAAACUGACCGUCUGGAUGUUAAGGUGUUGCUGGCAUAUAAUGUAGCUGAUGUAGCGCAUUGUGUGCAACAAGUCUGCUUCCACACUAUACUGAACUCACGGAGAGAUGUGUGUAGCUGGUUAGAGCGACAGUGGUUCAGCGUGCUGCUUACUGAGGAGGAGCAGUGUUUGCUGUAUUUCCCAUGUGUGAACUGUGUUGUAGCUCAGCUGCUGCUGAGUCGAAGUCUGUCUCUACAGUGGCUGCUGGAAGCUUCACACACUCAGCUAGAAGAGCUGUUUCCUGAGAUCUCACCUUCAGUUUUAAAGAUGUUCAGUGACAGUACAGCUGCAUACAGACUCAGUGCUGCUGCCAGGGAGUGUGAGGGUGACGUCAUACACAUCCACUGGGGUCUGGAUAAGGAUGAGCCUCUCCCCCCCACACACUCGGACCCAUUCCCCAUACACUCUACAGCAUCACACAGCGCGAGGUUCACCCAGGAGCCUGGAGCUGGGGGUAGUGGCUGGAUUGGGGCGGAGUGUCUGUGUCAGACCACACACUCACAGAAUUUGUCUGAAGAACCGACACAGUUACCAGGAGGGUUCAGUGGAGGUGAAACAGAUGAGCAGUGGACUCUGGAAGCAUCGUCUCUGAUGUCCAGUCUCUCUUUCUCACACUCACUCACUGUUCCCUGCUCACCGUUCACCCAGAAUCCCCCUCCUCCCCUAUCUCCUCCCCUCAUACCCCACCUGUCCCAUCAGCAGUGGGGAGGCAUGGGCUACAGGCCUGAGCAAUACACAGGGAGGAAAAGACCAGUAGGGGGCGCUGUACAUACAGUGUUUCCCCAGAGUAAGAGAGGGCGGCUUCUGUUUGAGCGAGUCCCAGGAAGGAGUGAUGGACAGACACGACUCAGGUUUUUCUGAACAAAUGCUGUCUCACACACACACACUCCUCACAUUAACACAUAACACAGUGUAAUGUAGAGUUUCUCAUGUGCUCAAAGACAAUAAACUUUGUUCUUUACGCCAAAUGUGUGUGUGUGUUUUAAAGAAGUCCUUCAGUGUGUUCUUCACCUGGGUUCAGAUGAAAAUGUGAUCAGAGCAAUGGGAGUGGGAUUAAAAAGCUCAUCAGAUUAUAUGAAUUCUACAUUUUGCUAUACACAGAUCAGGUAUAACAUUAUGACCACCUGCCAAAAUAUUUGUGUUGGUCUCCCUUUUGCUGCCAGAACAUCCCUGACCCGUCCUGCACUGUGUAUUCUGACCCCUUUCUAUCAGAACCAGCAUUAACUUCUUCAGCAGUUUGAUCAACAGUAGCUCGUCUGUUGGAUCGGAUCACACGGGCCAGCCUUCUCUCCCCACGUGCAUCAAUGAGCCUUGACCACCCAUGACCCUGUCACUGGUUCACCACCGUUCCUUCCGUGGACCACUUUUGAUAGAUACUGACCACUGCAGACCGGGAACACCCCACAAGAGCUGCAGUUUUGGAGAUGCUCUGAUCCAGUGGUCUAGCCAUCACAAUUAGGCCCUUUUGGUCAAACUCACUCAAAUCCUUACACUUGUCCAUUUUUCCGGCUUCUAACAUCAACUCUGAGGACAAAAUGUUGACUUGCUGCCUAAUAUAUCCCACCCACUAACAGGUGCCAUGAUGAGGAGAUACUCAGUCUUAUUCACUUCACCUCUCAGUGGUCAUAA